GAUGUCAGCGCCGCCACCGCCCAAUGAGGGGCCGGCUGCUGUCUAUAUAAGGGCGGCCGGGGGCAGGCCGAGAGGCGCCAUUUCGCUGGGACGAAGGACGGAGCGGGUCGGGCCCGGUGCGCGCUGGGGGCGGCCCCAAACCGGAUCCAUCCUCCGCCGGGCGGCCCAGCCCCCGCCUCCGCGCUCCCGGAGGGCUCGCCGGACCCUCCCCGGCCUCCGUAGCGACCCCUGCCUGCGGCCAGCGGCGAGGGGGCCCUCCUCCCCCCCCCGCUCCCGCCCUCCUCCCCUCAGGGAGCCAAGAUGGAGCCCGGCCGGUGAUCCCCGGUACAAUCCGCUGUCAUCCGCCUCCCGGACCGCCGCGGCCCGUCUGAUCCCCGGCCUCCGCGGACGCAACCGGCACUCAGCGACGCGGCGAGGCUUGUAUUGACCGGAUCGCGCAGGAUUUUGGGGCCCGGAGGGGGCUCCGAAGAGGGGACCCCCCCCCCUCCCGCCCCUACAUACCCCCGCCCUCCAACUCCCCGCCGCCAUUUUCUCCGCGCCCGUUCAUGUGAAGGCCGGUGGAUGGUCCCGCACCGCCGUCGCUCGCCGCCGCCGCGCCCGGCCGGAGGAGCUGCUGCCGCCGCCGCCUGAGGCCCGCCCCGCCCGGCCGCGCCCUGCCCGGGGGAGGGGAGGGGGUGCCUGGCUCGUCCCCCCUCCCCGUUGCUCGGUGAUGCGCUGACGGGGGGGGGCCCCGCCGGGCCGGUACCGCCGAACCGUUCGCCGGGCAAAGUGGGGGGGUCGUCGGAAGAGACGGCGGCGGCGGGAGGAGGAGGAGAAGGAGAAGAAGGACGGCCGGGACCGCGGGCCGGGCACGCAACCGCCGGCAUGUUGCAGAAUGUGAAUCCCCAGAGCAAGAUUCUGGGGGAGGGCAAUGCCGGGCUCAUGGGCCUGGCGACGGAAUCGACCCCCGGCAAGCGGAUCCGCAAACCCUCGCUCCUCUACGAGGGCUUCGAGAGUCCAACCAUGGCGUCGGUGCCGGCCCUGCAAUCCCCCCAGGCGAACCCGCCUCCGCCGGAGGUUUCCAACCCCAAGAAGCCGGGUCGGGUCACCAACCAGCUGCAGUAUCUGCACAAAGUGGUGAUGAAGGCUCUGUGGAAGCACCAGUUUGCUUGGCCCUUUCGCCAACCCGUCGAUGCCGUCAAGCUGGGCCUGCCGGACUACCACAAGAUCAUCAAGCAGCCCAUGGACAUGGGGACGAUCAAGCGACGCUUGGAGAACAACUAUUACUGGGGAGCUGCGGAGUGUAUGCAGGACUUCAACACCAUGUUCACCAACUGCUACAUCUACAACAAGCCCACGGAUGACAUUGUGCUGAUGGCCCAAACCCUGGAGAAGAUUUUCCUGCAGAAGGUGGCCCAGAUGCCACCAGAAGAGCAGGAGAUCGUGGUGCCGGUGGCCAAGAACAGCCAUAAGAAGGGAGCGUCCCGGGCAGCAGCGCUCCUGGCGGGACUCACAGCUGCUCAGCAAGUGCCGGCUGUCUCCUCCGUGUCCCACACCACGGUCUACACCCCAAGCCCCGACAUCCCCACCACCAUAGUCAACAUUCCCCACCCAUCCGUGAUCUCCGCUCCGCUCCUCAAGUCGCUGCACUCCACCGCCCCGACCGUCCUGGCUGCGCCCGCUCCCACCCAGCCCGUGGCCAAGAAGAAGGGAGUGAAGCGGAAAGCGGACACCACCACCCCCACCACCACGGCCAUCAUCGCCACCAGCGGGGAGUCCUCGCCCUCCGCCACGCUGCUUGAGGCCAAGGCGGCCAAGAUCCCCGCGCGUCGGGAGAGCGGUCGUCCCAUUAAACCCCCAAAAAAAGAUUUACCGGAUUCGCAGCAGCACCAGACGUCCAAGAAGGGCAAACUAUCGGAGCAGCUCAAGUACUGCAACGGGAUCCUGAAGGAGCUGCUCUCCAAGAAGCACGCGGCCUACGCCUGGCCCUUCUACAAACCCGUCGACGCCUCGGCCCUGGGGCUGCACGACUACCACGAGAUCAUCAAGCACCCCAUGGACCUCAGCACCAUCAAGCGGAAGAUGGAGAACCGGGAUUACCACGACGCGCAGGAAUUUGCCGCUGACGUCCGGUUAAUGUUCUCCAACUGCUACAAGUACAACCCGCCCGACCACGACGUGGUGGCCAUGGCCCGUAAGCUGCAGGACGUCUUCGAGUUCAGCUACGCCAAAAUGCCGGAUGAGCCGCAGGACGCCAGCCCUCCCUCGGUAUCGGCCCCUCUUGCCGGCACCCUCUCCAAAUCCUCCUCGGAGGAAUCCUCCAGCGACGAGGAUGAGGAUGAUGAAGAUGACGAAGACGACGACGAGGACGAAAGCAGCAGCGAGAGCUCAUCGGAGAGCGAGGAGAGCUCUGACUCGGAGGAGGAACGCGCCAACCGUCUGGCCGAGCUGCAGGAGCAGCUGCGGGCCGUGCACGAGCAGCUGGCUGCCCUCUCGCAGGGCCCCGUUUCCAAACCCAAAAAAAAGCGGGAAAAGAAGAAAAAGAAGAAAUCGGAGAAGCACAAAGGUCGAGGAGGCGACGAAGAGGCCCGGGCGCGGCAGGCCCAGCUCCGUAAAGCCAAGAAAGCCGGCGGUGGCGGCGGAGGGACGGGCGGAGGCGGCGGCAGCUCCAAGAACUCAAAGAAGGCGACGAAAGCGGUGUUGCCGCCUCCGCCGGCGCUUUACGAUUCGGAGGAAGAGGAAGAGAGCAAACCCAUGACCUACGAUGAGAAACGUCAGCUCAGUUUGGACAUCAACAAGCUGCCGGGCGAGAAGCUGGGCCGGGUGGUUCACAUCAUCCAGUCGCGAGAACCUUCCCUGCGCGAUUCCAACCCCGAGGAGAUCGAGAUCGAUUUCGAGACCCUCAAACCCUCGACGCUGCGGGAGCUGGAGCGUUACGUCCUCUCCUGCCUGCGCAAGAAACCCCGCAAGCCCUACAGCGAAAGUAAGCGGUUCUUGGGGUCGCGCCUGGAGGGUUUUGGGGGUGCGCCGAGCCCCAAUUUGAACCUCCCUCCCCUGCUUCUCCCCGCAGCCAUGAAGAAGCCGGUGGGGAAAACGAAAGAGGAAUUGGCGCUGGAGAAGAAGCGGGAGCUGGAAAAGCGGCUGCAGGACGUCAGCGGGCAGCUCAACUCCACCAAGAAGCCCCCAAAGAAGGCCAGCGAAAAACCGGAAUCUGCUCAGCAAGUGGCCGUAUCCCGCCUCAGCGCCUCCAGUUCCAGUUCGGAUUCCAGCAGUUCCAGUUCCAGCUCCUCUUCCUCGGACACCAGCGAUUCGGAUUCGGGUUAAAACGGUCGGAGCCCCCCCACUUCCUCCCGCUCCCCCCCUCCUUUCUCCCACCGCGGUGCUCACCGACGUCAGGGCGGGUUCGGAAGAGGCUCUGCGGGAUCGGACCCAGGUGAACCGGACUGAGGGGCCUCCACCCGGCAGGCAGAGCCCCCCCGCCCCGGGACACGGGGUGGGUGGGGGGGCUGCGGGGGAACCCCCCCGCCCCCCUGCCUGAGCCAAGGGCCCCCCCCCUCGGGGUGCAGUGGGGAGGGGGUGGGGGGGGACCCCAGUGGUUACAGGCCGGAGGCGUCGCCACAGGGCGGGAAGUUGGGGGGGUGGGUGGGGUUGACCCUCCACCCCCCCCCCCCAGCAGGUUUUACUGUUUGUUGGUUUUGGGGUGGUUUUUUUUCUUUUUUUUUUCUUUUUUUUUUUUUUGUUUUUUCCCUGACUUGCGGGAUUUUUUUCCAAAGGGGAAAAGUUUGGGGUUUUUAAGAAAAAGAAAUUUAAAAAAAAAAAAAAAGAAAAAAAACACAAAAAAAUUAAAAAAUCUUUUAAAAAGAAAGGAGGAAAAAAAAAAAAAAAAAGCCCCUGGGGGGGUUGAGAGUCCCGAGUUUGGGUUUGUCGUGGGGGCACUCGGCUGGCCCUUCCCCGCCCUCGCCCACCCCCCCCCUCCCCCGGGGGGGGGCAGCAGCCGCCGCCCUCCCCCUCCCCUCGUCCAUGGAGGAUUUUUAAUUUAUUUGCGCUGCGUCGUGCUGGCGGGGGCCCCGGGACGCGCCUUGUACAUACCCCCCCCAGACGAUCAGGGCAGCAUGUUCCCGCGCGGGGCAGGGGGGAGGGAGGGGCCGCCUGUUUUUUACGUUGACUGUAUAAUUUUUUUCUACUCGUUUUAUUUUGGUUUUUGGUUGGUUUUUUUGUUGGUUUUUUUUUUUUUCCCCUUUCACACCCCCCCCCCCCCUUCCUUUAGACCCUUAGAGCUGUGUUUUCAUCUUAUUGUAUGUUUCGAACCUUUCGAUUCUUUAACAUGUAAAUAAAGAAAAUACUAUUCGAGUGGAGCU